AAACAAACAUGGCGCCGCGAAAGUGAGGAAAACUCUGCUAGGUUGGUCAGUUUUCUGGGAGUCCACGCUGGUGCCACCCCGUCACACAGACCCUCCGGACAGAUGAGAGGAAGAGGAGGACACUCUUCAUCACUAGUUUCUGAGAAGCUGACCAGGAUGGCUCUGCGAAAGCAAAUGAUCAAGGAUGCGAGUGACAUUCCCUCUGGAAGCCAACAGGGUGAUGAAAACACACAGGAGGACAAAGCUCUCGACGACAGAGACGACAAUGACGAGCUCUCUUUGUCAAUUCUGUCACCUUCAUCGUCGAGAGAAAAGCACAAGAAAGAGAGGGAAAACAAAUCCAAACCCAAAGAGAUGACAGAAGAGGAGAUGAUGGACUUGGCCCUGCGUCUGAGUGAACAGGAAGCCAGUAUCACUGCACUCAGGCUGCAGAAAGAGGAAGAGGCCAUGAUGAAAGCCAUCCAUGAGAGUAUGGCCAGUCAGACACAACCGUGCCCGCCUUCCCAAAGUCAGAGUCUGGUCACGGAUGCUGAGGCCUCACUCAGGAUCUGCUCUCGGCGGAAACUCCUCUACUCAAAUGGGAAGCCGGUGUCUGUCGUCGAUCAGGGAGCCUCAGAGGUCGUCUGCACACCAGAGACAGACCUGAACACAGGAGCAAAAGGAACUGGAGAUGAAAGUAAUACCAGGAAUAAAAAGCGGAAAAGGAAAGAAGGAAGCCCUCUGCUGGAGAUGCCAGACUUGUCCCAGACUCAGAAAAUCUACUCUCAGGCAUCACCCUGCAGCUCAGAGUCCCUAGACCUGGUUCUGGACUCAACCCAGGAGAGUUUAACCUCCUCUGUGAGGUCCGCGUCCUGUCGGCCUAAGAGCCCGGUAUUCCCAAAAAGCCCCGGUCUUCCCAAGAAGCUCCCUCCCCCAGAAUCAGCAAUCUGCAAAAGUCCUGUGUUCUUAGAGACUGAUGGAGGACAGACUGAGCAGAGUCACGGAUGCUGUACAAGCCCAGUGUUGGACAGGGCUGGGCGACCACAAAAGAUUCAUCUUGAUGUGCAGAAUCACUCUGCGAGUCCUUCAGCUGCAGAGCUCAGAUGUUCAGGCACUGAAGGGAAUACAGGAGCCACUGGGGAUCAGAUUCUGAGGCAGGACAGCAAGACUGAUCACAACCAAGAUGUCAAGCUGAACGAGUCAUCUAAGUCAGAUGAGGCAGAGGAGGUGAAGGAAAUAUCCAAAGACCGGGACUCAGCUGAGAUGGAGCUGACCAGUGAUAUGACGCUAGUCUGGUCCGACGAGGAGGAGAACGUCACGCCGGUGGGCUCGCACAGCCCGGUCUUCCCAGAGGAGAGACCUGUUCAUCAGACAGACAGCAAGGCUGCCUCCCUGAACCACAUGACUGCAGCUUCUCACGGGACGACCAGGUUGAACUGCAGACCUUCUUCCUCUUCUACAUCCACCGGCCAACAGCAGCUUUCCCCAACAGAGCGAGAAAAACGCCCUAUCAGCAGUCAGAGAACGGUCAGCAGGCCUUUAGCCUCGCAUGGGGAGCCUGCAGACGAGCCUACGGUGCACUACUACUGGGGGGUUCCCUUCUGUCCACGAGGCCUGGACCCAGACAACUACACACAGGUGAUCCAGGCUCAGAUGGAGGUGUAUGAGAAGAGUUUGAAGCAGGCUCAGAGGUGUCUGCUGAGGAAGGCUGAGUGGGGGGAGGGCAUCCUGCCACAGCCGGAGAAAUGUCCAUCACCUGAGUCGCCUGCUGAGUCACCUCAAGAGCUUUUUCCUCGAAGGCGUGGGCUCAGACUGAGGUGCAAAAAACUGUCUGACACAGCUGAUUCUCCUUCAGCUGAGGUAGAGGAGGAAGAAGACAAGAGGGACGAAGAGGAAGGCAAGCAAAGAGAGAACAAAGGAGAAGAGCAGGAGAAUGACGGAGAAGUAGUACAGGUGGAUACAGAUGACUGUGACGUUUGUCCAGAGACCCAACUGAGUGACAACGAUGACGACAGGACGCAAGAUCUGAUGAUAGACACUGACACUAGAACAGAGCUCCAACCUAAAAGCCCGGGGCUGCCUGAGGUUGAGAUGAUUCUUCAGGACGAUUCUCCAGCUUGGGACGAGCGGCAGCGGCAGAAGCAGGAGGAGGAGGAAGAGGAGGAGGAGAUGGAAGUGGAGGUGGAGGUGGAGGUGGACGCCCCAGUGGACAGAAAGACGAAGGGAAACAUCCCUGUUGUCAGCAGCGAUGGUGGAGGACCAACUAUGAGGAAAGAGGAGGUAGAAGAGGACGUGGGGGAUCCAGAUGUGGAGGAGAUAAAGGAGCAAAGGCUUCAAAGGUCGACGUCUCCUGAACUGGAACAAGCUGCCGCCUCUCAGAGCUCUGAAACCAACGUGGACUGUCCCAUCUGUCAGGGAUCCUUCCCCGUGACGGAGAUCGAGAUGCACGCUGCGUACUGCGAUGGAGAGGUGGCUGUCGUGGAUGAGAGGAGGCCAAAAGCCGACUGCUUCCAAGUAUCACUGAAGCCUCGUAGGAAGAGAACAAGAAGAGCAGAGGUGACAGCGGAAGAGACUAACGACUCCUCCAAUACUAGCAUGAACCCAGAGAAAUGUUUUAUCUGUCAGAAAGCCGUUCCUCUGAGAGACUACAGCAGACACACAGAGCUCUGCAUCCAACAACAGUCAUCAAAGACUGCAGCGAAGGGAAACCUGCUAUCAGCUCUGGAGCAAACGGACAGCAGACAUUCAGAGGCCGGGCCGUCUGGAUCCAGCCUCCAGCCAGGAGAUGUCAUUGAUCUGCGGGAUGACGAUGAGGAGGACGAGGAGGAAGGUGGCGUUUCAGCCAUCCGGAUUAGUAACUCUCCCAUCCGAUCCUUCACUCCGAUCUCAGAGGCCACCGGCUGCCUUAUUGACUUCAAAAAACAGCAGCGAACCAAGAAGCUGAGUCAGAGACGAAGAUGAGGGUGACCUCGUAAAAGACUUGUGGUCCUGACAGGAAAUACUGGAAACCAGAGCCUUAACUAAAGACCUAAAGCCUCAUCGGGUUCGACGUGACGUCCUGAUGUAAACAUUUUGGAUAUUUAUGCAGGUAAAUGAAUACAAAUCGAACACUUGAAUGUUCAGAAUCUCACAUGUAUUCAUAAAAAACUCUUUCUGUGCCACUAAAUGUUUUCUGUAUUUACAUUUGUUAACGCUGAAGGUGUUUCAGACUACCUCUUCGUGUAUUGAAACAUUUCCUUUUUGUUACUAUAGCUUUGGUUUAACAUUUUGAUUAGCAUCAUGUCUCAGAGUGUACGUCAGAUUCAUGCAAACACAAUUUUACUGGCCUCAGCUUGAAGUGAAGUCUUGGGUCUGAAAUAUUUCAGCAACUAUUGGAGGGAUUGCCUUGAACUCUUGAUUUUCCUCUUGUGCCACGAUGAGGUGAAAACACUUAAACCGCUAAAGCUAAUUACUGAAGUCUCAUCUGUAUUUUGGGAUUAUAAGAUUAUAACACACAACAUGUCUUGUUAACGGUGAGUAGAUGCUAACACGAGGCAUACUAAUGUUAGCAUGUACUAAAGUGUUAAAUGUGCAAAUUUUAAAUUUUACACAUCAUACACUAAAAUUCUGUACAAACAUACAAUUGAAAAAGUCACCAUGCCUAACUGUACACAUGUUCAAAUGCAAUGUUUCGCUAAUGCAAAUCGCCAGAUGUGACCCUGGUCUAGUAUUUUGUUCACUGAUUGAAAAACAACCGAGCCAAUCAGAGCCGAUUUAAGAAACUGUGACGUCAUCUUCUUGUGACAGAGCUGAACAAAUGCAGACAAACAUGGCAACAAUUGUGGAUGUAGGGCUGCAACUAACGGUUAUGUUCAUUAUUGAUUCAUCUGCUGAUUAUUGUCUUGAUUUAUCAAUUUAUCUUUAAAUUGUAAAAUGUUCUAGAGCCCUAAAUGACUUCUUCAAAUCCUUUUCUUCAUCCAAAAGUCCAAAGAUAUUCAUUUGAACAAUCACAUACGACAGAAAAAAGAGCAGAUUAUUGUUACAUUUAAGAAGCCGGAGCCUGUGAAAGUGUCUUAAUUUCUGCUUAAAAAAAUGAGACACUUUCAAAAUACAACUAAUUUGUCAGUUGAUUAGUUGAUUAACUGCUUCAGCUCUACGUGGAUGAGAUGGAUGAGUCAAUGUACAGAAAUAAAUAUUAAAUGACAUCGCCUUGAGUGAACAGAAAAUGGCAGUUCAGUCAGAUUAUCAUCCUGGCUAAAUGUUCGAUAUUAAUUUGAACUGUAGCCAUGUUAGGAUGCUCAGAUACCAGCAUUAGUGUCAACAGGCUAAGAGAGUCAGAAAUGUCCUCAAAUGGCCACUGUAUUGAGAAUAAACCCUUGUGAUUUAGGUUAAAACAUGGCCUUCCCUCUGGCGCACCAUCAGGACAAACAACAUUUUUUGGAGCUAAGAUAGGAAAGGUUUAUGUUGUUCCUCCACCGUCCAUCUCUCCGACAGCUUUUAGUUUGUGGUCUAUGAUGAAGUGCUGCGAGCGAGCUCUUAUAAAUGAGGAAAAAUAUCAAAUCAAAUUGAGUUCCCAGAUUAAUAAAAUCAGCAGCAUUUCUUUGAGAAAGGAGCUAAAACAGAAAUUAAAUAGCUCACUAUUAGAGGUCUGUCCUCCGUUCAGUGCACGUCUCUAAUUGGAUCACACAGAAUAAAAAUAAAAAGUCAAAUUUCAACGUUUAACACAAUCAGAGCCUCCGACCGAGUUUUCAUCCUUUGUCUUGUUUCCUGUCAAAUGUUAUAAUUUGUUAGCACAUAAAUGUCAGAACUGUAAGAUCCCCUCUGUACCGUCUUAAGACCGUACGUGGGAGGGAGUGUGAUGCAUUUAAAAGCCUUGAAAACUCUGAAUUUCCCCUUUUAACAUCAUAAACCACCUGGUUGAGGGUCUUUCACAGCAGCAUCACAAGUUUUGUCCAACUGUAAUUGAACGUAACAUCAACGUGUUUCUGUGUGUCACAUUUUCUGCUCAAAUCUCUCCUGUAAAGUCAUUUUGUCUCUGUUCAGAACAGGUUGUGUUUCCAUGCUUUCUCUGCACUGUGGACCAUUUUUAUCAUCCGAAAUAUUUCCUGUAAAGUUGACACAGACACAAUAUACUUGUCCUGAUUUCCCCAUUUUCUUUCUUCUGUUCCUUCAAUGUAUGCUCAGAGUAUUGGCCUUGAGUACUGUAUCAGCACUUUAGAGGUACAUAGGCUAAUUGAUGUCACAAAACAGAAGUAAAGUCACUGUAAAGCACUGGA